CCUGACCCAAACUCCAGGUCACGUGACCGAUAUUCCAUCCUCGCCAUUUUGCAAUGUGCUAUAGAAAGAGAAUAGUCUAUUUUUAUGGCUAACGAGCACAAACCGCAGAGUUUUAUGCGCUGAGGACAAAGAGCACGCGCCGUGUCUGUCGGUGAUGGAUGAGAUUAGCAGCGUUGCUGUCCUCAUCUCCAAGUCCUCAGCAUCACCCGCUGCGUCCUCAUCUCCUGGAACGCCAGCAUCUCUCCUCCAGACCCGGCCUCAGGACGCCGCCCAGCCAAGACAGGUGGACGAGUCCCUCAUCCAGGUCAUCGAGAAGCUCAGCAAGAUAGUGGAGAAGCGUCCGCAGAGGCACUGCGCUCUGGGGGGGCGGAAAAGAGGGCAAGAUCCGGACUCCCCCUCUGGGAGGGUGAGGCAGAGUCUGGCAAGUUCUCCUAAAAAGAAGAUUAGGAUAAACGUUAAUGAGGAGGAAAAAGCAGAUGGCGGCGAUGAUGAAGAUGAUAAUAAUAACAGCAUCUCGGCGGCGACAGGCGUUUCAAAGCCCAGCGAUCACAAACGCACAGUGACGUGCUACCAGUGCAGCCUCUGUCCCUUCCUCUCCCAGACGCUGCCGCAGCUCAGGGAGCACCUGAAGCAGCAUGACGAGCAGCACAGCGACCUCAUCCUCAUGUGCUCCGAGUGCCACUUCACCUCCAGAGACCAGGACCUGCUGGAGGCGCAUGUCAGACUGCACUUUGACGACGGGGCGUCUGCGCUCAGCGCGGCCGAAGGAACGCUUUUAAAACGGGAUGGGGGCGGGGAGCUGAUGAACAGCGCGGCGGAGGACUCCACCGAGCUGCAGAAGAAGAAGAAAUGGUACAGUUAUGAAGAGUAUGGCCUGUACCGCUGCUUGAUCUGCAGCUAUGUCUGCAGCCAGCAGCGGAUGCUCAAGACCCACGCCUGGAAGCACGCCGGCCUCGUCGACUGCUCCUAUCCCAUCUUCGAGGAGGAGGACAGCGCUUCAGGACGACAGGAGACCCAAGCCCCCCCCAGCAGCACAGCGCCAAGAGAGGAUGUCGUCAUUCUCCAGUCUCCAGGGCUGGAUGAUAAAAGUGUCCAAGCUGCCGUGAGGCUGCAGCUCUGCAUGCCGCCGGCUCCAGUCUCUAACUCCAGGGCCGUUUCCGCGACAACCGCAGACGGUGACGCCGAGAAUGGUUAUGUCCCUAAAGAUGUGAGCGCUGAGGAGCCGGCAGUGGAGGUGCAUGUGAUCACCGAGGCAGACUGUGACAUGGAGGUCGGCGGCGGCAGAGAGGGCAGCUCGGCCGCAGACAGCCUGCUGUCUUCAGCCCAGAAGAUCAUCAACAGCGGCCCGAACAGCGUCGGACACAUCAAUGUGAUCGUUGAACGCCUUCCCUCAGCUGAGGACUCGGUUAUGGCGGCGAAGCCUCUCCUCCUCGCCGCAGACGUGGACAGGGACCAGAGAGCGCUCUGCGUAAACGAGGAGGAGGAGCCUCUCCCCGCCAAGCCCCCCCUCCCUACAGUAGAUGACGAGAAUGUCCCCCCAACCAGUCGCAAGCGAACACAUUCCGAGUCCCUUCGCCUCCACUCUCUGGCCGCUGAGGCUCUGGUCGCCAUGCCGAUGAGGACGCUGGAGCUGCCCGCCCCCAGCCCUACAACUGGCGUGAAGAUGCAGGGCGUUCCUCCGAGCGGACAGAGGGCGUCCGACUUGGAGCAGACCACUGCGCUGUUGGACUUGAAGCUUUGCCGCCACGGCAAAGAGGAGGAGUUCAGGCCGCUGCGCCUCGUGGACGGGGACGAGGAAAGUCCCGCAACCAAAGCUGGAAUCAGCCUUUCGCUGCUCACCGUCAUCGAAAGACUCCGAGAGCGCUCGGACCAGAACGCCUCCGACGAAGACAUAUUGAAGGAGCUCCAGGAUAAUGCCCAGAUCCAGAACGGGGCCCUGGCCGGAGCGGCGGCCCCCGGGAACGGCGUGGAGGACGGGUUGGCUGGCUCACCUGAUGGGGGGUUGGUGGACUACAACCCGGGCAGCGAGAGGCCGUACCGGUGCCGUCUGUGUCACUACAGCAGCAGCAAUAAGGGCUACAUUAAGCAGCACUUGCGCGUCCACCGGCAGAGGGCGCCGUACCAGUGUCCCAUCUGUGAACACAAGGCGUCAGACAGUAAGGACCUGGAAGACCACAUGAUCUACCACUGCAAGACCAGGAUGCACCAGUGCAGACACUGUCCUCAGACCUUCCACUACAAGAGUCAGUUAAGAAGUCAUGAAAGAGAGCACCUCAGCUGCAGCAGCGACACGGCGCCGCUCACCGACACCAUCCCCCCGGUGGAGGAAUCUGAGCGAGGAACGGAUGAAGAUGGUGGUAAGCCUAAGUUCUACAGAUGCGACGUGUGCAGCUACACCAGCGCCACCUACAUCGGCGUGAGAAACCACCGGCGGAUCCACAACUCGGACAAACCGUAUCGAUGCUGCAGCUGUGAUUUUGCCACCACCAACAUGAACAGUCUGAAGAGCCACAUGAGGAGGCAUCCCCAGGAGCACCAGGCGGUGCAGCUGCUGGAGCAGUACAGGUGCUCCCUGUGCGGUUAUGUGUGCAGUCAUCCCCCGUCACUGAAAUCCCACAUGUGGAAACACGCCGGAGACCAGAACUACAACUACGAGCAGGUUAACAGAGCCAUCAACGAGGCCAUCUCCCAGAGCAGCCGAACGUCUCAGAGGUUGUCUGGACUCCUGGAGGCGGGGUCAGAGUGUGCAGCGGUGGCGCCGGACUCUAAGGAGAAAGCUGAGACCCAGGUGGAUCCUCUCCCUGCACAGGCGUCGGCAGCAAAAGCCUCGCCGCCUGCAGGAAACCCGGCAGGUCUCCCCACAGACUCCUCACCGUGUCCCACCGAGGGGAAGGACACCACGCCAUCGCACGUGCGGACAGAACAGCUCCCCACCAUGGAGUACUGCGUGCUGCUCUUCUGCUGCUGUAUCUGUGGCUUUGAGUCCACCAGCAAAGAGAGGCUGAUGGAGCACAUGAAGGAGCACGAGGGCGACAUCAUCAGCAUCAUCCUCAACAAGGAGCAGCACCAGCAGGAAGCAGAGGCUCAGGCCAGCCUCUAGAGGGCGCAGAUUCUCUGCUGUGCCUCACAAACAGCACAGCUUCAGGAAAAGUAGGAAACGGUUCUUCAGAGGAAAGUUAUUUUAAUCCGUUAAUAUUUAUGUCAAAUCAUUUCAUUUUUAGGAAGCUUUGCUCCAAGUAUGAACAGUAAUAAGCUUACCCAUCAAUAAGCCCCAGCCUGCCUGCAGAGGCUGAAAAGAUUUAAACAUUUCCUCCCUGAUUUCAUCCACUUUAUAAGAUGGCAGCUCUUAUAUUCCUACUGUAGUGUUGAAGUUGUUUCAUCCGACCAUAUUUAAGGUUUUAUUUGGUCACCAGUAAACCUCCAUCUGUGCCUAAAGGAUCCGAUUUCCGUUUGAACUGAAGGAAUCCAUUUGUUUGUAUGUCCUUUAGCUGCCGGAAGACAAGACUUCUUCUUUUCUUUAUUUUAGUCAAAGUAACGUCGUUUUACUUGAUGCAUGGUUUAUAAAGUGGCUUCUUUAAAAAGAAAAAAGGAGGAAAUGGAGGAAUGACGUUUUCUAACAGUAAUAAGUAAUGACUGAGGUUUAACUUGAAACGGCUGUUGAUGAACGGAAAGAUUAAACAAAGGGAAGUUUUUUUUUUUUGGUUUAUUUUAGAGCCGAUGUUUCAUCUGCUGGUGCCAAGUUUGUACAGUAGGAACACGUUUGUAUCACGUUUGUGGUGCUAUGAUCCUUUUUAAAGCUAAAGUUUGAAUGUAUUUUUAUAAUCCUCCCCCCCCCACACACACACACACACACACACACCGUUUCUGAUUUGUUUGUAGUUUAAUAUUAUUUGUAUUUUAAGUUCAAACCUUCUAACCGCAGCAUUUAGGAGCUAAACACUUUGAAAUCACGCCUUUCUCAGUGUUUUCCCACCUUAUUCGUGUUACCCAUGAUGCUUUGCUUGAACUGUGUUCGGCUUUACCAAGUGUAAAAUCCAGCAGACCGAAUGUGGGACUAUGAGCUCUUCUGCUACGUUCAGACUGCAAGCAGCAGAAGCAGCUAGUUUUCAUGCAAAGUCGGGGGUUGACUCACAUCAAGGUGCAGCAAAAGGUCCCGCAGUGCGAUUUGAGAAUAUAAAAUAACAGAGACUAAUAAUAACAGGAGGUGAAAUGUAGCUCCAGACUAGCAGGGCGUGUGGUG